AGACGCCGUGUUUUGAUUGUAUUUGGAUGGUGCGCUCUGACACGGUGAAGAGUGAAAAAUUGAAUGCGGCAUAUAUCAGGAAUACUGAUUGAGAUAUUGGAUCGAAAAUCAAGGCACGCUUUAAUCAAGUUGCGCAAUAGUUGUGCGCUGCUAAAAUAAUAUCCCAGCGAGAAAACAAAAAAAAAAGAGGCUGGAACGCUACACCGGUGAGUUCUCCCACAAAAUAUUGCUUGGUAGCAUCGCGGACAGUCAAAGCCAACUAACCAUGUCUGUACCAAGUGUUGCGUUGGCAUCCCUCACGGCCACCUAUACCGACUCGGAGGGUGAGGACGGGGUGGAAGAGGAUCUAGAGGAGAACACCCCGCAGGGGACUACUGCCCCGCAAAAUGUCCAAUUUGGUCAACCCCAGGGUCUCACCAGUCCCAAAUCUGGCCGAUCCGCCUCCAAUAGCCCCAUCGGGUCGAAUAGCAAGUCAAAUGCAAACUUGCCCAACGCCCCCACCUUAGUUACGGAUGUAACGUCCAAAGUCCAGAGAUUAGUUUCAUAUUUUGAUGACACGAUAGUCUCGGAUGACGAGGGUACUGCGGUGGUUAACGCCGGGGGGCAGCUCUUUGAAAAUGGGAGAUCCCCCUUGGCUUCCACCAUGCAGUCUCCCUCGCAUCAGGGAGAUAUGAUUUCAGAUGGCGAGACAGACCUUUUCGGAGUGACGAUACCGCCGGAACCGCAGGGACAAUGCCCUGUCGAGUUACAGGAAAAGAUAACUAAACUGUUCAGAAAGAUGGAGGGCAGCGGUCUGGACAUGAACAAAGUCAUACAACAGAGAAAAGAUUUUCGGAAUCCUUCUAUUUACGAAAAACUUAUUCAAUUUUGUAGCAUCAAUGAAUUAGGUACCAAUUACCCGCCAGAAAGAUUCGAUCCUUUCAAAUGGGGCAAAGAUUCGUACUACGAGGAACUGGCCAAGGUGCAAAAAACGGAAAUGGACAAGCUUGAGAAAAUGAGGAAGGAGAAAACAAAAAUUGAAAUUGUAUCCGGCACCGCUAAGAGGCCAACAAAUUCUUCUGUUACUGCCGAAGACGACGCCAAGAAGAGAAAAAGCAAAUGGGAUCAGGUGGCGACCGGAGCUCCUACCUCCGUCAAGCCUACCGUAUUGUUGUCUCAACCUACCUUAACAACGCUCACGUCCUCAGCGACGGGGACAAAAGCAACGGUAAUAUCCGCUUUUGGUUCGCUACCAAAGAAAAGACUGUAACAUAACGCGUAAACAAAUGAAUAUACUUAAUAAUUAUAAUAUGUUUCGUAGACUUCAUCCGUAUCAUACAUUUUGCAUAUCCUAUACGCGUCUGUCUCUCUUACUGUUCAACUCGCGUUGAUCUGGCUCAUUCCUUUUUUUCCUUCUCUUAGCCGCUGAUGCAUUUCUUAUUUUUUACAAGAGCUUUCAUCCUCCUCCUCGUCGUCCUGCAUCUCUUUUCUAUUUCACGCAUAUACAUAUGUUCCAGUUAUUUAUUCUUGUUGAAAAACGAUUCUUUAUUUUUCUUGUAAAUAGUAGGACUUCCUAUGGUCGACGUUUGAAACUUACUUUGAUAUUUCCUAUGGACAGACGUGUAUUAUGUUGCACCUAAAAAAAAAUACGCAUAACGUCAGCAACACAUGUAUUAACGAAUGACUAAUAACACGAGUCAAAUAUACAUUAAAUUA